UUCGUAUUAUCCAUUCGCACUUAACUGCCGCCAAACUGUAUAGAAUUUCAUAUCUCUCCUUCAUAUUGGAUUCUAAUGGAGUGUGUUGAUGAAAAAAAAACGAAACGAAACAAAAACAAAACCCAGCCACAUGCGCUGGGCGUUUGUGUGUGAAGUGCGAAUUGUUUUUGCUUUAACAUUUGUUCUUCAUGCGUGCAAUUGACUACAAACAGACAUAUCAAUCGGUGCAAUGUGUGUGGUGCGGCCUCCGUGGAUUUCGUCGGUUGGAAAUUAGUUUGCCGCUAUAAGCAAAGGCGCGCGUAUCGAUCUCACCCGAACUCAGUUCGUUUCAAGUAGUCAUAACGGUUUGUUGGUUCCUCUCUUCGGCCGCGCGAAAUUAUUGCCGAAAUUUUGUGUUUUAAUUGCCACGGCAAAUAAAUUAAUUCAAAAUCCGUUUUCCCAACACUAGAAUGAACUUGAAAGUAAAUUACAUACGUUAAACAUAAUAAAAUAGACUUUCGAUUUCGGUAACCGUUGCUGCAACGAGUCUGCAGUUGUUUUCGAUUCUGUGUUGUGCACCAGUGAUUUUUCAAUGCUUUGUUUAUGUUUAAAAAUCGAUCAUUCAAGCUACGACUGAGAACAUAAAAUGCACUGCAUUUAUUAUUGAAAACAAAAUAAAAAUAAAAUAGCACCGGAAGUUGGCAUUUUAAUUGCUCAGUGAGACUCAGUGAUUUGUUUGCAGAUAGUGAGAGAGUUGUACCAUCCAAUCAAUUUGUUUGUGAGGUUCAUUCCAUAAAAGAAUAUCAACCACAUGAAUAUGGCAUGCAUAUUGCUGUAUCCAAUGGAGCAUUGACUCUUUAGUACACACUUUGUCUUUUUUUCCCAGUGAAAUGAACUGUAUUGUUUGUGAUAUGCAUUUUAGAAAUAUACAAAAUGAAAACGCUCACCUGUUCAGCAAAUAAAAUUAAAUUAUGACAUAAAAAUGGAGAUAUAUCGUGUCGGUUUAUCUGGAGGAAACACACUUGAUGAACUCAAAUGCAAUUUUUAUUACUCACGCAACGAUUCGGUUCUGAAUUUUGUAAGCGAGAUCUAGAUAGAAGAUAGUAGAGAUAUAAGUGUCAGCUACAAAUUUUCCUUUGGAAUACGGUUAGCGGCAGAAAAUAUUGUACUUCUCUGAAUUUCAAAUGGUUCUCGCAUAUUCGAUGCAAUUGAACUGCAUUAUAGUCCAUUAACCUACAAGAAAUUGUUUGGUUUCUCCACCCGGCUUCGUGCCAUUCCAUUGGAUUAAAGAUCAAACAUUAGCGAUGCUUGUGACCAUUGUGAACUACCGUGCAUUACAAGAAAUUGAUCUCUUUUUACGCCCGUCGUAAACACAUCGCCAAUACAUCCAAUACCGGACAUUUUUCCACGGCGAUACAAAAGCAUUUUUGAACUUAUCACAUUGUUCCCAUUCGUAUUCAAUUACAUCGUAGCUGUUGCCGUUGUAGCAAGCGUUCGUCAUGCAUGUAAGCCUUUCGCGAGUACAAAGUAUGAAACCUUAGCCGUGAAUUUAAUUAGAAUAUCAUAUUUCGUUUUCUUUACAUUGAUUUGACGAAAACUAGAUGAGCUUUGAGAAUACAUGUAGUCGGUUUUAAAAUGAACAAACGAUUUAUUUAUUACUCCAUCAAACACAUUCGAAUCGGUGACAUUCUUUUCUAAUGCCAAACCCAUUACGGCGGCCCGAUAAGACAUUAACAUUUUACAUGCUGUCUCCCUCCAUUUUUUGACUAUUUUCACUUUUAACUGUACCAUAUUACAUUUUACCGCAGAAAACUAAAGCAACCGACUUGUUUCCGGACUGUGGCCAAAGUAAAUCGAUGUCGCAUGGCAAUUUGGCAUUACUUUUAUCUAUGCCGUAAAGGGCAAAUAAUUUAUAACAAAAUUCUUUUUGGAAUCCAUUUUCUUUGACCUUCACAUCAUUUCAAAAUGUUUCGACAAAUUUGCGAUGAAAGAAAUAUCAAACGCUUGAAGAAAAAGAAUCGCCCAUCUACCUGAAUUGAAAUAUUGUCUCGCAGUUCGUUUUUCAUCAAUAUAUUCAAAUGAGUGUCAUUUUUGUUUUUGACGUAGACAUGCAAUCAAAGCGUGACCAUUAACUUAAUCAGUAUGUCAUUAUUCACAAGAACUUUUUGUCAGUCAGUCGGUUUUUUGUUUGUUUGGCUUGUAGAGACAUUAGACCAUGGGUUAAUAUUGCCAAAAAAAGGAAUAAACAAUAUAAAUAUGCGAAUUUUAACUGAUAAAUUCGAAUUGUUUCAACAAGUUUUCGUUUACCAUUUGAACUGAAACGAUAACGGUGCAAUUUUGUUUUACCUUUUGAUCGUAUAAAAGGUUCUUCAAUAAGAGCCGACUGGUUAGCACGCGAAAUCCUCGAUGAAAAUUAUUGUUAACUACGUAACAUUUUUUGCUGAGUGAUUCUGAAAUAAUCACAAGUGAUGAGACCUUUUGUCUGCUCUCUUUUUAUAAUGCACAAGGCUGCAACUAAGCAUGAAUCAGUCCUAAUUGCGUUCGAUGUGUGAUUAGAUAUGAUUACCCAAGUUUUUUUUUCACACAUAAACCCAUUGCGUAUUCAGAUAACAUGCGUAAUUGAUCGUAUUUUGUGUCAAUUCACACAUUUUUAUAGAUAUGGUUUUAAUGCUCUAAUGGAAUUGAUUGAUUUGAACAAAAUCAAAAUGCCAAUCGUCCCACAUCAGAUAACGUUUAUCAACUACAAUGUAUUCAGAAAAAAAAAUUGGCGUGUGAUCCAAUACUUGACCAUUGUCUAUAGAUUGCUAAAAAUCGACAGAUUUUCCAGCAAGUGAUUCACAUUGAAAAUCACUUUUGUUAUGGCUUCAUGGAAUCAUCCCCAUAAAUAAGUCCGAAAUAUCUCCAACAAUCCCAAAUUACUCAAAAAUUGGUUUAUAGCAUUUGCCGAGAUGCCACAGUUGAUUUAUUUUUCAUAAUUAAGACAAAUUAGAGAAACCAAAUGCAAUCCUUGCUUGCGGCUCUUUGAAUUCUUGCUUCAUCAUCGCUUGCACUUUUCGUGACUAAUUUCAUAGCGUCUUUUGUUGUCGUCAGUAUUUUGGUUUGGUUUGCAUUAACAUUUUGGUUUGCUCACUAGCUCAGUCUCUAUUCACUUCAUACUAUAAGUGAAUUCAACGGAUUGUUUUAUGUUGAAGAUUUAAACCAAUCUACGUGCCCUCCAAUCGAAAAAUAGAACCAAAACGUCUUCUUCAAACAACUAACUUUGUUCCAUGAAUCAUAACGUCAUAAAAUCUGUUGUUGACUCUUACGAUAAACAUCGAAUGUUUGAAAUUGUGCACGUUUCCGUUAAAUAUCAAUGAAUGAAUAUCAUAAACAAUAACAGUCUAUUCAGAUUGAAUACUUUCGAGUGACUAAUGAAUGAGCCUCUCGUAAUCAUCAAUCCAGAAAUAUAAACAUCAAAUCAGCUCGCGUCUGCUGAAUCAAUUCAAGUACGCAUUACGACAGUAGUCGCACGACGAAACAAUUAAUCCCGAUGGUGAAAUAGAUUGUGCGAAUUGACUCACAUUGACUGCAAGGAGGAGAUGUAAUCGUCCGAGUGCAAGAACCACUUAAAGUGAAUGAUGUGAAUUUAUAAAUAAAAACACAACGAUAAAUAAAGACAUUUAAUUGACCAGUGAAUGGAUAUCUUAUCGAAUUUCGGUCUCAUGUGUACGCAACAUUUCGCUGGCCCGUGAUUCUACAUUCCAAAUAUCGACUGAAAAUGAAUUUAGAGUACUUUGGUCAACAGAAUGGGAUUCAUCACGAAGGCAAUAUCGAUCGUUUUUCAACUUCUUUUUGAGCAAGAGAUAAUGAGCUAUGUACCGGUACAAGCUAGAAGUCCACAAGGUUCACCAAAUUUGAACACAAAUCGCAUCGCUCAACGUGCACCGCCGCCAUUCCGACGUGACUUUGAGGCAAAACUUAGAAGCUUCUAUCGAAAACUUGAAUCGAAGGGCUAUGGUCAAGGACCUCACAAAUUAAAGCUCCACAUUCGUCGAUCACAUUUAUUGGAGGAUGCAUUCCGGCGCAUAAUGUCAGCAAACAAAAAAGAUUUACAACGUGGCCGAUUGGCUGUUAUAUGGGAUACGGAGGAAGGAUUGGACUAUGGUGGGCCGUCACGUGAAUUUUUCUUCUUGCUAUCACGCGAAUUAUUUAAUCCUUACUAUGGCUUAUUCGAAUAUUCCGCCAAUGACACGUACACGGUGCAGGUGUCACCUUUAUCAGCAUUCGUUGACAAUUGUCACGAUUGGUUCCGAUUCAGCGGUCGAGUAUUGGGACUGGCAUUGGUUCAUCAAUAUCUUCUCGAUGCAUUCUUUACAAGGCCAUUCUACAAGGCGCUAUUAAAAUACCAGGUUUCACUCAGUGAUUUAGAAUCGUUGGACAUGGAAUUCCAUCAAUCGCUGCAAUGGUUGCGAGACAACGAUAUCGGAACGGGAAGCUCGUUAGGAUUAACUUUCUGUGUUACUGAAGAAUUGUUGGGACGCAUUGUCGAGCGGGAAUUAAAACCGGGCGGAAAAUCGAUUGUUGUAAAUGAGCGCAACAAAAAAGAAUAUUUGGAACGAAUGGUGAAAUGGCGAUUGGAGCGGGGCGUUCAAGAACAAACCGAAUCACUUGUUCGAGGAUUUUAUGAAGUGGUCGAUCCACGGCUUGUAUCAGUUUUUGAUGCACGUGAAUUGGAACUCGUAAUUGCCGGUACGGCUGAAAUUGAUAUCAAUGAUUGGCGCAGUAAUACGGAAUAUAGGAGUGGAUACCACGAUGGACAUCAGGUGAUCAUUUGGUUCUGGCAAGUGAUUGAAAAAUUUACCAACGAACAACGGCUACGAUUACUUCAAUUCGUUACGGGCACAUCGUCAAUUCCAUACGAAGGAUUUUCGGCUUUGCGCGGUUCAACUGGACCCAGAAGAUUUUGCAUCGAAAAAUGGGGAAAGGCUUAUGCACUGCCACGUGCACACACUUGUUUCAAUCGUCUAGAUUUACCACCUUAUCAAUCGUUAAAUAUUCUACACGAGAAACUUUUACUUGCCGUUGAGGAAACCAACACAUUCGGUAUUGAAUAAGACGUGUGAAUAUGACCGAAAAAAAAGAAAGAACAUUUGGAUUAUCACUUUUGAUACAAACCAAACAUGGAGUUACCGUUUUUUAUCCCUUAAGCAGUUAUGGUCAAACGUGGCCAGCGCGAUUUCUUAGCGAGAAAUAUUUUUUUUACUUUUUUUCACGCUUUUAAAUGUUCCUAGCUGUCGUUUUGCGUUCUCUUGGGCCAUGGGGUUUAUAGCUGGUAGAACGAAGUAUCCAUUUUUAUUCGAAGAACCUUGACGUGCCCUUUUAAAAAUUGUGUGUAAAAUUUCGUUUAGAAUAUAAGCUUUCAUGAUUUUUCAUUUGGCCGAUAUUUAUGGUAGAGUUCAUUUUUUUGAAAACGUUCUAUUUGCUGAGCUAAGCCGAGAAUGACAUAACUCUGAAUGUCGUUGAACCGAAUAAAUGUGAAGUGAAAUUCGGUUGGAUUGGAGCACAGGAGUUCUACACUUCGCAAACACUUCUUUUUCCACUUAGCUGUAGCAAGACGUUUUGCCUUUGAAUUGAAGCAUUCCACCAAAAUAAUUCCAAUUUUUUUCUCGCACAGAUUUAUAAACACACACACACACACCGAAUAUUUUACGGAAUCUAAUCUUAAUCGAAUAUCUUUCAAUAGUACAUCCCAAUUGCAAUUGAUACAGUUCAAUAGUUGAGAAAUGAAUAUACAAAUUGCAUUAAUGACAACAAGAUAAAAAUCCCAAAAAUUAUUUUGAAUAAGGAUUUGACCAUUUUUUUUAAAACUUCCAUUAAAUAGCGAAAAAUAGUUAAGCAUCACGAUUUGAAUUGAACUAACGUUUAAGAUAGAUGCUAUGAAUGUUCGACGGAUCCGAUUUUAUGUUAAGAUUUAAGAGAGUUAAAUGUAUCUAGUCAAAAUAAAAACCGUUUAAUUCAAAUGAA